CUUCGCUCCCUCGUCAUCGUUUCCCACUACGCCUCCCUCCUUCUGCCUCCGAUCGUCCGUCCCCUCCUGCAGUCAUCUAUGGUACUGUCUGUGCUCGCCUUCUCCUCCUCCAUCUGCCUUCUCCUCUCAGACCCCGUCUAGAUCUCGUCUCCGCGACUCCGCGGCUACCGUCGCUCCGGCCUCGACCGACGACCGACGACCGACAUCACUCUAUAUACCGCACUUGGAUCCCCUCACUCAACCCCUCUCAACAAAAGCAACCCGUAACUUAUACGUUCACGUCGGAAGGCGCCUUUUGACCGACUACAGGCCCUAGUCCUUCCCGACUAGCGUACCCCUGUCAGUCUCCAUCUUAGUGUGCCCCCUCGUCACCAUGUCCAGCAACCGGCCAUUUCUGGCCAACUUCCUGGCGGCUUUUCGAGCCCAGUCCACCUACAAAGCCUCAACAGCAGGCUCACAAUCCACCGCCGGUCCCUCUUCCUCGCUAUCCUCGACCCAGAUCUCCCAAGGCGCGCGAGCCAUAGCCACCAAGGCCAGCGGCAAUACUUCCUCUUCGGACGCCUCUCCCUCCACCACAACUCAUCACUACCACCAUUCCACCACCAGCACCCCCUCCUCGCAUUCUCGACCACACUCUCACCACCGGCCCUCCUUCAACCAGCCCGAGUCGACCCCCGGGUCCCCGCCACCAGCGGGGCCAACCCAGCAGGCGGCCUCUUCCCCGCCCACCCCGGCCGCAUCGAACCCUAUCCCCAUCACAAACAGCCACGGGCGCCAACGGCGCGGCAGCGACAGCUCCAGCGGCUCGGGAGGGUUCCGCGAUGCGCUGGGUCCGGAGAAGUGGUAUAUUGGGGGGCGAACGCCGGGCGGCGAGGAGCGGUUCUACCGUUUAGGGAUGGUGACGAAGGGUGGUGGUCGGCUAGGUGGAAGUGGUAGAGUGGGCAGUAUUGAUCAGCUGAGUCUGUGAUUCUCUGUCUGUCUGCGUGUGCAAGUUCUUAUAUCCGGGAUUAUGGUGUUCGGGUGGUAUUCUUUCCUUCCCCUGUAAGUGGGGUUACUGGCGUCCGAUUAGGGCAUUUGAUGGCGUUUCUCUUGGAAUGAUUGGGAUGGCUGGAUGGAACAGAAAACGUUUGCUUUUACUACGAUUGCUCAUUUGAUGAAUCUUCGCUCCGCUCCGCUCACAUAUUGUGUUGGAUUGAUGGAAUUGUAUAUGAAGACAAUCCUCUUGUGUGGUGCGUUUUUCUUGUCGAUAAAAGGUGGUUGAUUGAGUGUUGAUGAAUGGGGAGUUAGAUUCGAGUGCUGUAUUAUGAUAUGAUACAAAAUCUUCAUGACAUGCAAUGGACCGAUAUGGACCUAGAGGAUUAGUAGUUAUA